AAGUGAAAAGAUGGCGGAUAAAGAGUUUGUAAAAAAGAAAAGAGAGUAUAGUGAGACGGACUGGACCACUGUACAUGUAUCAAAUGUUCCUUUAGACACUCAUAGAGGACAACUUGAAGCCGCUUUCUCCGAUGUUGGACCGAUAAAAAAAUGUUUUGUUGUAAAAGGGAGACCUGGGAGUACCAGCACCAUCGGUUUUGUCACCUUUGCAAUGCACGGGGACGCGACCGCUUCCUUGAGCAGAAAAGAUCUUAGGAUUGGGGAAAAUUUUCUUAAACUUAAACUUGCACCCAACACCAAGCUAAAGGACAGGAAGGGAGGGAAGAAGAAGGUGGAGGAGGAGGUAGAGGGGGAUGUGAAGGAGGUAGUGGUGGGAGGGUUGAAGGAGGUGGGAGGAAGGAAGGUGAUUGAGGAGAAGGGGAAGAUGAGAGGAAAUCCACGAAAAGCUCGACUUGUCGUCAGAAAUUUGUCUUUUAAAUCAACAGAGAAGAAUAUGCGACAGACUUUUAAACAGUUUGGAGAAAUAUCAGAGAUAAAUAUUCUGAAGAAACCUGAUGGGAAACUGGUCGGCUGCGCCUUUAUACAAUAUACUAAUCCAAACCAUGCAGCUAAGGCGAUCAAAGAGUUGAACGCUAAGGAUUUCCUCGGUCGACCGAUAGCCGUCGAUUGGGCUGUUCCUAAGGAGGUGUUCAAGGAGACCAAGGAAGAUGUCAAAGAUGAGGUUAAAGAAGAGCUGGAUGAGGUCAAGGAUGAACCUGAAAGCGAGGACGACGAGGAGGAGGUUAAGAACGAGAUUAAAGCAGAGGAAGAUGAUGAGAGUAUGGAUGACGAAGAUGACGAUGAUGAAGAUGAUGAAGAUGAUGAAGACGAUGAAGACGAUGACGAUGAAAGAGAACAGAAACCAAAAGUUGCCCACAACCUGUCUACCGGGCAUGAUAUUGAUGAGGGGAAAACGGUGUUUAUCAAGAAUCUGGCAUACGAGACAGACGAGGAGGAUCUUCGAGAGAUGAUGUCCGAACUAUUUGGUCCUGUUCACUUUGCUAAGCUAGUACUAGAUAAAGUCAUGCAACAUCCAAGAGGAACCGGUUUUGUUAAGUUUGUGAAUGCGGAGGACGCGGCAAAAUGCGUCGAGGUCUCCCAGGGAAAGGAUGGAAUAUUCUUGGAUAAACGUCAACUAAACUGCUGUAUAGCCAUCAAACAGGGUAAUAUUGUCUUUGUGUGCUUUUUUAUUUGCUUUAAAUUCAACAGAAACCUUAGCAAAAUCAAACUAUGUCAGAUCCUAAACUAAUUGAAUUAGUGUGCA